AUGUAUGACAAUGAGAUAAUAAAGAUAGAGGAGGGUGUAAAGGCUCUGAUGAGCGUUGAGGACGCUAUUUGGGUCUCGAACAUCUUUAACCACAUGUUUUGGUACAAAAUUAACAAGAAGAGGGUUACCGAGUUCCCAUUUAGACUAAGCAGUUUUUACCCUCACUCAAUUAUCUGCAAUUGCAACAUCGAAGUCAAGUCACCAUCCCACUAUACCUACAACACCACUAAUACUAUUUCUGGCACAUCAGUUAACUCAGCAAAUAGUGUUAAAACAGAGAAUAAUGUGAUAAGCGAAACAUGCAUGGAAAUUGGUAUGUUGGCACGUAAGUUUAAUGAGCGAUUUUAUCGUCUAAGUGGAGCUAAUUCUCUACUAUGGAUUAUUCCAGAAGCUGAAAAAUCAGUGUUACAUUUUGUUGGAACUGAGAAUAAGUCGAAUUCAUCACAGCCUAGUGGCUUAGUAUCGCAUAUUUUGGACUACAUUCCCCAUACAAUAAGCUUUAAGAACAGGUUAUUGGUUUUUUAUAACUACAUAAACAAGGACAAGGCCCAGUGCAGAAAUCCCAUGAUUGACCUCAUAGGCUCCUCAGUGUAUAUAAUAAGACGCCAGUUCAUCGUUGAGGACGGAAUUUCUACCCUAGGCCACUUGAAUAACCAUCAGCUGAAGCAGGUUUUCAGGGUUUUGUUUGUAGACGAGAAUGGAAUAGAGGAACAAGGAGUUGACGGGGGAGGACUUUUUAAGGAGUUUCUAAUCACACUUUGCACUCUGAUUUUUGAUCCUACGUAUGGAAUUUUUGAGGAAGUUCCCGAGGAGAGAAGUUACUAUCCAUGUCCGAAUUCGGGAAUCAUCCACGAAAACCAUCUCGAACUCUUUUGCUUUAUAGGCAAAAUCGUAGGUAAGGCGCUUUACGAGCAGAUUCUAAUUGAACCAGUUCUUUCACGACUUUUACUUAACUUGAUACUUAAGAGACGUAAUACUCUGGAUGACUUGAAGUUGUUUGACAGUGCCCUUUACAGGAACAUCACAAUGUUGAGAGGCAUGUCAGAGUCUGAAAUUGAGGAUUUGGGCUUGACUUUUACCUGUACAACACAGUGUUUUGGAAGCUCAAUUCAGGAAAAUCUUAUUCCAAACGGUCACAACACAAGAGUUACAAAGCAAAAUGUAGAGUCCUUCAUUCACCAAUUCUCCAACUUCAAGUGCAAUCGAAUGAUCGAGUCUCAGUGCUCGGCCUUUUUACAGGGUCUCUCUAGUAUCAUUCCUCUCGAAUGGCUUCAGAUGUUCUCACCCUCUGAACUCGAGUUACUCAUUUCAGGUUCCUCAGAAGUCAUUGACAUAUCUGACUUGAGGAAAAACACCAUUUAUGCAGGCGGAUUCGAUGAAACCAACGCCACUAUUCAAUGGCUUUGGGAAAUUUUGGACGAGUAUGAUAAUAGUGAAAGGAGUUCUUUUUUAUGGUUUGUGACAUGCUGUAAAAGGUCUCCUUUGAUGGGUUUUAAGCAACUACAGCCCCCCUUUUGUGUACACAAGGAGCCUGACCCAAACCGACUCCCAUCAGUAUCUACCUGCCUGAACCUUCUAAAGUUACCAGAAUGCAUAUCCAAAGAAGCUUUAAGGUCCAAAAUCGUCGAUGCAAUGUCUCUCUCCAAAGGAUUCGGCCUACACUAA